AUGAAAGGACUGAUGAUGUCUCCAAAAAAGUUAAUUAGGAAAGUUACACUGAAAGGUCUGAUAUCCAGUGCUACCUAUGGCAAACACAACAAGGGUUUUUUCUUCUGGCUUCAAAAUAAUUUGAAAGGUGUGAACGUAUUGUUUAUGCAGAGUGAUGGAGGAUUAACACAAAUGAACAGUUUCAAUGGAUCUAGAGCUAUUCUCUCUGGGCCUGCUGGAGGUGUUGUUGGUUAUGCCAUGACUAGCUAUAAUGAACUUGGACAACAGCCUGUGAUUGGUUUUGAUAUGGGAGGUACUUCAACUGAUGUAUCACGCUAUGCAGGUGCAUUUGAGCAUGUCUUUGAAAGUACUACUGCUGGCAUCACCAUCCAGGCUCCUCAGCUUGAUGUAAACACUGUGGCUGCUGGUGGAGGUUCUCGAUUGUUCUUCCGAUCUGGGAUGUUUGUUGUUGGCCCAGAAUCAGUUGGAGCUCAUCCAGGACCUGUAUGCUACAGAAAAGGAGGCCAGUUAGCUGUGACUGAUGCAAAUCUUGUAUUAGGUCGUUUGUUACCACAGUAUUUUCCUAAAAUAUUUGGUCCCAAGGAAAAUGAGCCUCUGGACAAGCUAAAAACAUUGGAGGCCUUUAAAAUGAUUACAGAGGAAGUCAACUCGUUUGGUAAAAAUAAGGACAAAACCAACCUAAGUGUUGAAGAAGUUGCAAUGGGAUUCAUAAAGGUUGCAAAUGAAGCAAUGUGCCGUCCAAUUAGAGCAUUGACACAGGCUAAAGGCCAUGAUACAUCUCGCCACGUUCUCGCCGUAUUUGGUGGUGCAGGUGGUCAGCAUGCUUGUGCAGUAGCACGAGCUUUAGGCAUGCAAACAGUUAUGAUUCACAAAUAUGCUGGUAUACUAUCAGCAUAUGGAAUGGCAUUAGCUGAUGUAGUGGAGGAAGCUCAAGAACCCUGUUCCAAAAACUAUGAAAAAGGUAACUUCAUGUAUAUAGAAUCACGACUUCAGUAUCUGGAAAACAAAUGUAAGAAUGCCUUAAUGGAACAAGGAUUUUCAAGUUCUAGCAUACUAUGUGAACUGUACCUUCAUCUUCGUUAUCAGGGGACAGAUUGCGCUCUCAUGUGUACCCCAGUAAAGGAUAAUUGUGAUAAUCCAGAAUGGUCUUGUUGUUACGGUAACUUCAAGGAGGCCUUCAUAACCAGGUACAAACGAGAGUUUGGAUUUGUUAUUCCUGAACGAGACAUAGUCGUUGAUGAUAUAAGAGUUCGUGGAGUUGGGAAGUCAGAGGUAACCUUAGAAGGUAAAAUUGGAGCAGCAGAUGAAGACCCACCUAUAGAAACUGUCACUCCAGUUUACUAUGAAGAAGGGCUUUUGGACACAAAGGUGUACAUGCUGUCUGCUUUAGGUGCAGGACACGUGAUUACUGGUCCAGCUAUAAUAUUGGAUAACCUUUCAACUAUUCUUAUUGAACCAGGAUGUACGGGCUUUAUCACAGACAGGGGAGAUGUGCGAAUAGAUAUUGGUUUGUCAAAUAAAAGAAUUAUUGGUACGGAAUUAGAUGCUAUCCAACUUUCUAUAUUUUCUCAUCGGUUUAUGAGCAUAGCUGAGCAGAUGGGAAGAAUACUUCAAAGGACUUCAAUAUCAACUAAUAUAAAAGAACGUCUGGACUUUUCUUGUGCAUUAUUUGGACCUGAUGGUGGCUUGGUAUCAAAUGCUCCUCACAUUCCAGUUCAUCUUGGAGCAAUGCAAGAAACUGUUCAGUAUCAGUUGCAGGCAUUAGGGGACAAUUUAAGAGAUGGGGAUGUUCUUUUGUCAAAUCAUCCAUGUGCUGGAGGUUCUCAUUUACCAGAUCUAACAGUUAUCACACCAGUUUUUCUAAGGAAUGUUCGACGUCCAGUUUUCUAUGUUGCUAGCCGUGGUCACCAUGCAGAUAUUGGAGGUAUAACUCCUGGAUCCAUGCCUCCACAUUCCACGUCCAUUCAUCAAGAGGGAGCAGUGUUUAUGACAUUCAAAUUAGUUGACUGUGGAAAUUUUCAGGAGGAUGAAUUAAUUAAGGCUCUUCAUGCACCAGGAAAAUUACCUGGUUCCUCUGGAACACGCAAUCUUCAAGAUAAUCUCUCAGAUCUCAGAGCUCAAGUUGCUGCUAAUCAUAAAGGAAUUGAACUUGUCAGUGAACUCAUUGACUAUUAUGGCUUGGAUGUUGUUCAGGCAUAUAUGUCUUAUAUUCAAUCAAGUGCUGAACAAGCUGUCCGAGACCUCCUUAAAGAAGUAGGAGUACAUGUACUGAAAGAAAAAGGGACCUCUUCCUUACAUGCUGUUGACUUUAUGGAUGAUGGAUCACCAAUAGAGCUGAACGUAUACAUAAAUGUUGAAGAAGGAACAGCAGUCUUUGAUUUUGAGGGUACAGGACCUGAAGUUUGGGGAAACUGUAAUGCUCCUAGGGCUAUUACUGUUUCAGCAAUAAUAUACUGCCUUCGUAGCAUGGUGGGACAUGACAUUCCCCUCAAUCAGGGAUGUCUAAAUCCAGUUCAAAUCAAAAUCCCAGCUGGAUGUCUUUUGGACCCAUCAGAAGAUGCAGCUGUUGUUGGUGGUAAUGUACAAACUUCACAGAGAGUGGUAGAUGUAAUUUUGAAAGCGUUUGGGGCCUGUGCUGCUUCUCAAGGCUGUAUGAACAACAUAACAUUUGGAGACAACACUGUUGGUUAUUAUGAAACUGUGGCUGGAGGUUCAGGAGCUGGACCAUCCUGGCAUGGCCGAAGCGGUGUUCAUGUCCAUAUGACCAAUACACGCAUAACAGAUCCCGAGAUACUUGAGAGACGUUAUCCUGUCAUCUUAAAGUCAUUUACUCUCAAUCCAAACACUGGUGGUAUAGGAAAAUACAGAGAUCUUUCACAUUCACAAUUGAUCCAUGAUCCCAUAUAUUUACCAAGAGUAAUGAUAUUUGCUGAACAGCAGCACCAGUAUCCACUGGAUGUCUUUGGACCAUCAGAAGAUGCAGCUGUUGUUGGUGGUAAUGUACAAACUUCACAGAGAGUGGUAGAUGUAAUUUUGAAAGCGUUUGGGGCCUGUGCUGCUUCUCAAGGCUGUAAUGAACAACAUAACAGUUUGGAGACAACACUGUUGGUUAUUAUGAAACUGUGGCUGGAGGUUCAGGAGCUGUAA